AUGACCUUCCCCCAGGAACUGUUCUUCUUAUCAGACGUAAGCGUUCUUCUACUGCCUGCUGAGGGACGGCGAGUGAUUGUUCUCUGUCCUGUCCCAUCCAGCGAUCCGAACGAGCCGCUCAAUUGGAGUCCCGCACGCAAGACCUGCCAUUUUACCCUGGUGCUAGCUGUAACAUGUCUCGUCUUCACAGCGCUCUCCAUCCAGCAGAUCUUCUGGCAGUUGAUGGCGCAGGACUUGAACGUCACUUAUACACAACUCAACUGUGCCAUAUCACUUAACUUCGUCGGGCUUGCGACGGGAUGCGCCCUAUUCACUCCAUUCGCAAAGAAGUACGGCCGAAGGCCGGUGUAUCUGAUGUCAACAGCGCUGAUGGUGGUUGCUUCAUUUUGGUCAGGGGAGAUCAAAACCCUUCCGGAGCUAUAUAUUACAAACCUUCUGCAGGGCCUCGCUGGGGCAACCAACGAGGCUAUCGUCCAAAUUACCAUUGUAGAUCUCUUUUUCGUGCAUCACCGAGGAGGAAUGAAUACAUUGUACAUAACGAUGAUGAUGAUUGGGAGCUUCCUCACCCCCAUGGCAGCCGGGAGUCAGGCAACAAGGCAGGGUUGGCGGUGGUCCUACCGUACGAUGGGGAUCUCCAAUGCACCCCUUCUUGUGCUUUUCGUUUUCUUUUAUGAGGAGUCGAAGUAUACUCCUACUAUUGAAGGAAUUAGCGCUGGGCUUGGGCCUCAAGAUGAUGCACACCAAGUUCCUUCAGAUGGGACUGGUAACAAGUUAGACCUCAAGACUACAUCGAGGGCUGAGGACUGUGGCUUGACUGAUCCCAUAUUGGACUACAGUAUCCCGAUGAGGACAUGGAGAGAGCGGCUGCCUAUGGUGACAUAUACAUCAGAGCCUAUUUGGUCAUAUUUCUACCGUCCAUUCGUGAUCCUCUUUACAUUUCCUGCAGUCCUUUGCUGCGCUCUGCAGUACACAUGCGGUGUGGUCUGGCUCACAAUUCUUGCAAGCAUGAUCGCGUUGGUAUUCCCACCUCCACCGUAUGAAUUUACACCCAAGCAAAUCGGGUACAUGAGUAUAGGGCCUUUUGUCGGUAAUUUGAUCGAUUCGUUUUAUGGUUUGAUUAUGUUUGGUGCGACGAUCGAUCGGGGAAUGCAUUGGAUUCUACCCAGCAUCGGCGGAGCUCUAUUUGGCUUCGGACUCGGCAGUAUCAGCGGUGCAUGUUUAACCUUGGUUACUGAUAGCUAUAUGGACAUUACUGGGGAUGCCUUCACCGGCGUAGCCUUCCUUCGGAAUGCCUUCAGCAUUGGGAUCCCAUUCGCUAUAAGUCCUUGGAUGGAACGGAGCGGAUUGACGAAUACGUUCAUCGCAUGUGGAUUUAUCAGUCUAGGAGUGACUUUGACCUUACUGGAGAUGGUUAUAUAUGGAAAGAGAAUUCGGCAAGCUACGGCGAGACGAUACCAUGAGAUGGCUGGGAAGGAAUUGUAG